CGUAAUGCUUGGGGAAUGCGUCACGUGACGUUGUUUGGGCUCGGCUUCGGCGGCCAUUUUAUAUAUCCGUUUCGAAGUUUCAAAAGCUUUUGACAAUCCUUUUCAAUCUCCUUUAUAUGGUGUGUGUUUGGAGAUCUUUUGCGAUUUGAGCGAAAUAGAAGUCCUAAUACAGCCUUGAGGAGAAGAACAGCGCAUCCCAGUGUCAUUUUGGGAUAUUUUCUGAACGUUUUAGUCCAAGGACUUUGACGGAAAUAUGGGAACGAAGGACGACGAGUAUGACUACUUAUUCAAAGGUGAUUGUUUUGAAUUUGGCGCAAGCUGAAAUUAUUGCGCUUUGUGUUUGUACAACAACUGAGUUUUAAAUGCAUGAAUCGUACGAUUAGUAUCAAGAAUUUAGUUUGUCUUAUAUUUGUAUACAGUUGUUUUAAUUGGAGAUUCUGGCGUCGGGAAAUCAAACUUGCUGUCAAGGUUCACGCGAAACGAGUUUAAUUUAGAGUCAAAAUCCACCAUCGGCGUAGAGUUUGCGACGAGAAGCAUUCAGGUCGAUAAUAAAACGAUAAAAGCUCAAAUUUGGGAUACUGGUAAGUUUUAGUUUGCAUUUUUUGUCGGAAAAAUAUUAAACUUGAGCAAUAUCUAAACAAUAUACCUUUGCCUUUCUAGUUGUCUUGCCCUCUUUAUUAAAAACAAUCAAUUUUACUCGCAGAACACCUAAUGAUGUGUUUUUACUCCAUGUUUGGGUUUAGGAUUCAAGUAAUUUCUGUGGUUUUAAUUUUUAAUAUAUAAAUUCAUUAAUUUUGGGGUUUUAAUAGAUUGACAAUGUAAAAUAUUUUUGCAGACGACCUUUAUACUACUUGCAAAUAUGACUUCCGUUUUAUGAAUUGUGUUUUGUAGCUGGGCAAGAAAGAUACAGGGCAAUAACUAGUGCGUAAGUAUAAAUUCAUUGUAUUAUACAGUUUUAUUUAGUGUAGUUAUUUAGGCAUAUUGCCCUUAGGGUGUUAUUUCAGGGUGUUGUAUCUGUUUAAAUCUUAUAGCAAAGAAUAAGGAACCUUUUUGAGCAUAAAAUCAUGCCAAGACUGGUCUUAUAUCAAUUAAUUAGUUUCAAUAUUUGCUAGCAAGUUGGUUUGGGUGUAAAAUGCUACUUAUUGUGCUGUGCAAGAGUCUGUCAACAACUAGAUUCUUGCUUUCUACCUGUGUCAAAUUUGUUUUGCCUUUUUAUACAUAUUCAUGCUCAACGUUUCCUGGUAGACUGACAAUUGACAAAUUAUGAGCCAUUGUCACUUUGGUAGGUUAAAGUGAAAAACGAAAAUGGUGCUUAAUGUACUGUAAAUUUAUUGUACAAGUGGUUGUGUAAAACACAAAAUAUUGUAUUACAAUUGGUUUCAGAAUAUAUAUACAAACAAGGAAAUGGAACUACAACUUGACUAUUAAUAAUGAUUCUUCCAUGCUUAAUCAUCUGGAGUUGAUUGUUCAAAAGCCGAUAAACUUAACCCUAGGUUAGGAAAUAUUUCUUUAAAAAUCUUGUCUGAAUGGAGUUCUAUUCUCUGAAGUUUUUAAAUAAUCAGAUGUGCAGAAAUACAUAAACUAAGACAGCAUGUUAAACUUUAACCAAAGGUUAGUGCUAACCGGCCCCUGUAAUGUAUGUACUCUAAUUUCCACAGGUAUUAUCGUGGUGCAGUGGGUGCAUUGUUAGUGUAUGAUAUUGCAAAACACUUGACGUAUGAAAAUGUGGAGAGAUGGCUGAAGGAGCUACGAGACCAUGCUGACAGUAAUAUUGUCAUCAUGUUAGUUGGCAAUAAAAGUGAUCUGCGGCAUCUUAGGGCGGUCCCAACUGACGAGGCUAAAGCCUUUGCAGGUAAUUUGCUUCAGAUUUCCACUUGACAAUCAUCUGAGUAUGCCAGUUUUUUUCAGAUGUUUAGAUUAUUCACUUAUGCCACUAUGCCCCUGAAGCAAACUUUUCUGCCAUUUAGUUGUGGAAAUAUACUGAAUAGAACCAUAAUAUAGGUGGAUCCAAUAUGUAAGUCUAUAACUUACAAUUCAGUUGUAUUUUUUUUAGAAAAGAACAGUCUAUCUUUUAUUGAGACGUCAGCCUUAGAUUCAACAAAUGUUGAACAAGCUUUCCAAAAUAUUUUAACAGGUAAAGCUCUUUACUUCAUCAGAUUAUUAUUUUAUAGAUAAUCAUUGUGUUCUAUUUGAAUAUACCCUUCUCAAAAGUAUGUCAGCUAUGUAGCAAAUUGAUUUUGUUGUUGAGACUUUAGAGUCUUCAAUUAUCUUAUAACAAGUAACAUGUUUACACCAUCUCUCUUAACUAUUUUAUAAAUAUCUUGAUACAGGGUUUGUAACUUGAAAGAACUGAAUGUUCUUUUUGAAAAGAAUAAUUCAAGGCCUUGAAUGUCUUGGAAUUUGUAAAGAAGUGCUUGUGACUCCUUAAAUUCUUCUUGCUUUAGUUUAUGGAUAUUUUCUGAAAUUGUUUGACAUUCAAAACGGACAUUUUGUUGAAUUGAUUUUGUUUGUUUAUAUCUGAGAAAGCUGUUUGAAAUUCAGCGUGUUGAACAAUUCAACGUCAGAUUUUACUGAUUUCUAACCCCUUCUCUUCAGUAUUUAGUCGUUGAAUUUGCUGAUACAUGGCCUUGAAUGUCCUUGAAAAGUCCUUGAAUUUGACUUUCUCUGACAUGUACAAACCCUGUUGAUAAGAAUUUGAUUUUGAUACUUGAUCACAAGGCUCUAUAGUAUGGGCUCUAGUCCAUAUAACAGUACAUGUGCUGACCAACUUUCUCUAAUCUAUUUUGCAGAAAUAUAUCACAUUGUAUCACAGAAACAAAUCAGUGAUACUCCUUCAAGCAACCACCCUAGCAACAACGUACAGACGAUUCAUGUUGCGCCCACGACAGACUCUGACAAGAAAAAAGUGAAUUGUUGCAAUGCUUGAACAACGUCCGUAACAUCAUAGAAUUCCAAUUACGUUGAAAUUAAACAGAAAACAUCCCCUUUUUACGAUCAAUCAAUGUUCACACCCUUCAAUACAGCAUCUUGAAAUACGAUGUUAUAAUUAUAUAGAAAAUGUGAAAAAUAUAAAUAUUUAACCAAGUAGAUUUUGCAUACGAAACUAAUUUGUGAUAACAUAA